AUGCUAUCUUGUUCGCCGCCCAGCCCUACCGCAGACACAGUGAAGAACGCCGCCGACGUCCUUACUGGGCUUACUUCUCCGCCGACGUCGCCCAAUGUCUCUGGGAAGGCCAGCGAGCAGUCAGAACCGCCAUUGCUGCCAGUGGAUAUUCCUGGGACAAGUCUGACUGCGGCCAAGUCUGGCGAGGGCGAUGCUCUGGUGCCGCUGUCGCCGCAGCAGUCGUCGCUGUCUGACUCAUCAGUGGCCUCGCUAGCGUCUUUGUCCCUAUCGGAUGACAGUGACACAGCCUUGUACAAGGGCAAGAAGGGCAAGGCGACACCCGAGGCAAUAAAGUCGUUCCGGGCGAAGGAGCCAAAGCUGGUGGAGGUGCGCAAGUUUGACAGUGCGGAGGCGAAGAAGCGACUGAUUUUCAUCGGCGAUAUCCAUGGAUGCGCGCGCGAGUUUGAUAGGCUGCUGAAGAAGGCUUUAUACAAGCCCAGCGAGGACCAGGUGGUGCUGGUGGGCGACCUUGUGGCCAAGGGGCCCGACUCGAUUGGCGUCAUCCGCAGGGCCCGCGAGCUCAACGCCUGGUGCGUGCGCGGCAACCACGACGACGGCGUCAUCCGGUGGCGGGAGUUCCUGGAGGGCCCCGGCAGGAAUCUGUCGCAGAACGAGCUCAAGGCGCUGGAGCGCGCCCACGGCCUGCCAUACAAUGACUUUAAAAUGAGCAAGCCGCACUACAAGAUUGCAAAGCAGAUGUCGCCGGCCGAUUUUGCCUUCAUGUCGUCGUUCCCGACCAUAAUGGUGCUGCCGCCGCCGUUCCAGGACUGGCUGGUGGUGCAUGGUGGACUGGACCCGUCCAAGCCAUUGACUGAGCAGGACUCGCACGACGUCAUGAACAUGCGCAAUAUCGACUCAUCGGGUCCCAUCAGCUCCCACGACAGGGGUCUUGCAUGGUUCGAGCUGUGGUCGGCCAAGAUGAAGAUCCUCAGGCGCGAGCGCGACGCCAAUAAGACUGAUGCUGCCGAGCAUGAAGCGUCGCUGGUGGAUGCUGAGGGGCAGGAUAUCGACCACGUGCACUUCUCUCGCGUUGUCUACGGCCAUGACGCCAACCGCAAUCUGCAGCUCCACGCCUACACAAAGGGGCUCGACACUCGCUGCGUGUAUGGCGGCAAGCUGACCGCCUUCAUACUGCCGGGCGAGAAGAUUGUCUCGGUCAAAUGCCCGCUGUAUGAGGUCCCCUCCAACAAGAACCACCACAACCACCACAACCACCACAAUAGCAACCGUCGCCGUGGGAGCAACUCGAACCCGCCUGCCUUGGAUACCAAUGCUCCACAGUCGCCCACACGGGGAAAGCGCAACCACCGCCGCCGCAAUUCGCCUCCAAAGGCCGAUGUAUCCAAGCAGCAAAACAGUGCCCCCCACAGCUACUCGGGCGCAGUGGGACAGUAUUUGCCGCCAAUGCGGCCAGGGCCCAAGGCCAAAGACAGCGCCAGGAAAGCGCCGCAGCCCCCGGCCACUGAGGCCCCAUUGAGCAAGCCGCAGCCAUCUCCCCCAAGUCGAAAGUCGCGAAACCGCAAACGCUCAAGCUCUGUAUUCUGA